GAGAGAGAGAGAGAGAGAGAGAGAGAGAGAGAGAGAGGAGAGAGACUGCGCGCACACACACACACUGGUCAACGCCAGCCCGCCACCAUACUGUAGCAGUGAGUGGCUGCAACAGAAAAGCACACCAAAGGAUCUCUCUGCAGCUCUGACUUAUUUUGUAUUUUUUCCCCUUUUUUUAGCACUUCCUGCAUCAGAACUGACUGCUCUGUGUGCUACAUAUUUGCUGGGACCUGUACUCUGAAACCUGAAUCAGCACAGGGUCUUUUCAGCCAUCAACAAGUUAAGGCAGGUGGACCCCCAGCCGUGAAAGAAGAUUGAUCCUUAAAUAACCAACUGAAUUGACAAGAUCGGCGUGUGGAGGGGUGGGGGGGGGGGGGGGGGGGUGCACGAUAUUUUAGGAUUACAACAUAUGAAGUUUAAGCAAAUGCCUCAAAAAAAAAAAAUCUCUCCGUCUUACAGAAACAUUUUUUUUUUUUUUUUUUUUUUAAAGCGGUGGAUUUAAACAAAAAAGCUGUGGCUUGACAUGGAAUUUCUGCUUUCGUUACAGCUGGAGAGACUAAGCAUUGCUUUACUUAAGGAAAGAGCAAUUCCUUUUGUGAUUUUUCAAAAGGGCUUUUUCCCUCAUGGAUUUUCUUUCCAUCUCGUUGCUCAAGGAGUCUGCAGAGGAGGAUAGUUGAAUGCAGCCUCCAAUGUGCACAAAAGAAUGGGUUUCCAUUCAAGAUGGCCAUUGGUGGGUCCAACACCAGCGGCACUUUAUGUGAUCAGUAUGCUGCUACGUUUGCUCCCUGCAUCCGGCACAGCCUGCCCUCAGAAAUGUCGUUGUGAGGAUCUGCUCUUUUAUUGCGACUCCCAGAGUCUACAUUCUCCACCGGAUGGGGUGGACAGAGGUGCUUUAGGCCUUUCUUUGAGGCACAACAGCAUCACAGAACUGCGUCCAGACCAGUUCUCUGCUUUCACUCAGCUGACCUGGCUCCAUCUAGAUCACAACCAAAUUACAGCAGUGAGGGAGGAUGCCUUCCAGGGACUGUACAAAUUAAAGGAGUUAGUUCUGAGCUCCAACCGCAUCUUCCAGUUGCCCAACAGCACCUUCAUUCACCUCAUCAAUCUUCAAAAUCUGGACCUCUCUUUCAAUUUAAUGACAUCUCUGGAACCAGAGCUUUUUCAUGGCUUACGCAAACUACAAACUUUGCACCUUCGUUCCAACUCACUACGCACCACUCCUGUCCGCAUCUUUUGGGAUUGCCGCAGCUUAGAAUUUCUUGACCUGAGCAACAAUCGUCUAAGAAGCCUAGCCAGAAAUGGCUUUGCUGGCUUAAUCAAGUUGAGAGAACUCCACCUGGAACAUAAUCAGUUAAGCAAAAUUAAUUUAGCUCACUUCCCAAGGCUCAUAGGCUUGCAGACACUUUACCUACAAUGGAACAAAAUCAGUAACUUGACAUGUGGAAUGGAGUGGAUAUGGACCACCCUAGAAAAACUUGACCUUACAGGAAAUGAGAUUCGCUCCAUUGGCCCAGACGUGUUUGAGACCAUGCCAAACCUUAAGGUUCUACUGUUGGACUCUAAUAAACUGACCAGCCUGGACAUGCGGAUUUUGAGCCGGUGGAAAUCUCUAAGCAACAUUGGGCUUUCUGGUAACUUAUGGGAAUGUACCAAAAGGAUCUGCUCACUGGCUACUUGGCUUAGCAAUUUUAAGGGCAGGUGGGAACACUCCAUAUUAUGUUACAGCCCGGAAUAUGCGCAAGGCGAGGAAAUACUGGACGCUGUUUUUGGAUUCCAGCUCUGCCAGAAUUUUUCAGCAGCAGUAGCUGCACCAACUACGGGUUCCCCGGAGGCAACUUUCAUACAGGAAGCCAGCAGUGAUUUUUUUGGAAUAAUGCCUACACAGGACUAUGCACAGACUAUAGGGAGCUUGACUACAAUGACUAUUACUACAACUACUACCAGAACCACUUAUCCUACAAUUAAUCCCCCUAGACCAACUACUACUACUCUGCUGAGCACAGAGACUACAGAGGAAGACAAUAUUGAAGAUGACAAUACACUUCUUACUCAGCGAGUCAUCAUUGGUACCAUGGCUCUGUUAUUCUCCUUCUUCCUCAUUAUCUUUGUGGUUUUCAUAUCUCGCAAGUGCUGCCCUCCAACUCUGCGCCGGAUUAGGCAUUGCUCAGCCAUUCAAAAUCGUCGACAGAUGAGAAACCAGGCCAGGCAACCUAUGGCAGACUUAGCCACCCAGGUCCCCUAUAAUGAAUAUGAUCCUAGCCAUGAGGAAGGUGCACUGGUCAUUAUCAACGGGUAUGGACAGUGCAAGUGUCAGCAGCUGCCUUACAAAGAGUGUGAAGUAUGAGUUGUUUCUCACUCCCUUUUCUCAUUCAGUCACUCCCAAAACACAGGGUUUAAUUAAAACAAAAAGGUGACUGUAAGUACAGCAUUUUAUUAAUAUACCCAUUUCAUUUUAUUUAUGUUUUACUAUUUGCAUAUUCAUGCUUUAUUUCUAUGAAGUAAAAAAGUAAUGAAAUGGUGCUACUUGAAUAAUUCUUGUUCAGGAGACAGAACCAAGGUUUAUUAAAAGAAAGCUAUACAAGAGGAAACAUUAGAAAAUUUCAAGACAGUGUUAGCAUCUGAGCUAAAAAUCUGAAUGAUUAAGGGAAAAAGUGAAUAUUUACAGCCUUCAAAGCCUGGCUCCCUUGUUGCACAAUAAGAGGAGUUAUUCUGCCCUCUUGUGAUUCUAUAAGGGAACUAACAUUUCUUGUACAGUCAAUAAACCGAAGGAAAUCAUCUUCUCAAAUAUGGAAACCAGUUUAGUUCUCAACAUGUUAAGAGUUUAACCUUAAUGCAAAAGCCACAAAGUUAGCUGCCACCUUACACAAUUUCAGGGUGUGACGUGUAAUUUUAAAAAGAUUUAUUCCAAAAAAGCAUAAUUUUUUUAAACCAUCCCAGCUGUGCCCUCAGCAUAACUACUAUUGGGAAAUGCAAUGUGGAACAUGUAGCACUGUACAUUAUUGCUUUACUCAUGCUAGGCUUAAAUGUUUGCACACAAUCAACCUACUGCUUAUGUGAUUUUAAAACGGACCAUCCCAUUAUAACUCACACCCUAAAUUAAAAGCUACAAUAUGGGGGUUGUGGCCUCUCUAGUUGUAAACAUGCACAGACCAUAUACAAAAAAUUCUUUCAAUGAAAAAUCCAACAUGUCUGGCUAUUCCAAGAAUCUUUGAUCAGUAUAGUGACUGAUGAAGGGAAUUGAAGGAAAAAUGCUACAGUCACCUGAUCCAUUUAAGUUAAAUAGACAAUGACAAAAGUGGCACUAACAUUUAAUUAAGGUUUAAAAAACACCAUACAUUCUUGGCUUUCACCUAUCGCCGUGUGUGUAUCAGAGGGUGUACUGUUUUUGAUUAAAAACAUAUCAAUGUGAAGCACUGUGCUUCAUCCUUUUAUGAAAUACACUUACCAGCUAGGUCUGUGCAGUAAACGGAGCUAAUUAAGAAUAAAAAUGUUGUAUAACCCAAAGUUGCGAGGCAGAAGCAUCUGCUCGUGAUGCUUACAUCAAAUAUAGAGAGGGCACAGACAUACAUCUUAGCAUCUCACAAUCUGAAGGGGAGAUAUUUAUUGUAACAGAUUGCUAUUCAAUUAAAAAUAAUUUACAUAUACACAGAACACAAUUUAAAAGAAAGGGUAGGUUUGGGGUGGGGCAACUGGAUAACAUUCAUUAAAAUAAUGACUAAUAGUCAAAAGGUCUGUGCAACUAAGAGCGAUAAUCUUUCAAUCAUGCAUAACAUUUGUUAUAUCCAACAGUAUUCCACACACCCCACCAUGUUAAGCACAGUUGCAUACUCUCUAUGCUAAUUAGCUUCACUCUGCAAUCUGUUAAAAAAAAGUCUGAGCACUAAUAUCAACUCUCCUUAAAGGAUAAAGUCAUUAAAUAAUUAAGUUAAACAACAAAGUCUAAAUUAAAUUAUUCUUACCUAAAACAUGAUGCUUACAUAAAAUUUGUCUUGGUGGGUGCUGACAUUCCCCGAGUGUCUCCCAUAACACGAUGAAUUAACUGUUUUUCCGAAAUGUGCCAUACAUAAUAAGUGACAGGCAAACAAAGUUUGAUUUUACAUUAAAGUCUAACACAAAGAAACAAA